UCGCACUCUCUAUUUGGUACUAUUGCUACGGGGGAUAUUAAACCAAUAGACCGCCAAAAUCAUACACCACAGCCAACACCCAGAUGAGCAUAACUUUGCAUAUACCCCAAGGGCUAUUAUAGUCUACGACUACUCUACCAAAUGGCAUGGCUGUUCUAAAGCACUAAUUAUUGCAACACGACCGAUACUCGGUAGGUUCCUGGAUGCUAAAUUACACAAAAUCCAUUCAGUCUAACAAAAAUUUAAAGGAACAAAAAACUUUUCCUUGAUUGUAUCGUAAAAGUAUUAUCAUCAAUAUGUCCUGGGACGACGAAGAUUUUGACGCACCAACUACUAAAACCACAGCACCAGCUGCUGCUGCAUCCUGGGAGGACGAAGAGGAAGAUGAAGUUUUAGAAUCCUGGGAAAUUGAUGAAGAAGAAGUUGCCAGAAAGAAGAAGGAAGCCGAGGCCCAAAAGCAAAAGGAAAAGGCUGAAUUAAAGAAGAAGCAAGAAGAGGCCAAAGCUAAGAAGCUUGGUAAGCACAAGGUUGUCUCUGAAUUUGAUGAUGUUGAUGAAGCCACCAGAAAAGAAUUGUUGAGAAAGGCUGAAUUGAGUGCUGACUUGAACAACGCCGCCGAUUUGUUCGGAGGUUUAGGUGUUGCAGGUGAUGAUGACUUUGACAUCAAUGAGCAUCCAAGAGAAAAGGCAAGAAGAGCUGCCGCUGCUGUUGCUGCCAGAAAGCCUGUCCUUAGCAAGGAUACUCCAAUUGACUCGCAUCCAUUAUUCCAACCAACUAACAAAGCAGAAUUCGAAAGUUUGAGAAAGACUUUGGGACCUGUUUUGACCGACUUGGCUGAGGACUCCUUGAUGAACUACUCUUCUGGUUUGGCUAUCGAUUUGAUCAGAGAUUUGGCUCAACCUUUGUCUGUGGAGAAUCUCAGAAAGGUCUUAUCCACUUUGAAUGUUGUCAUCAAGGAUAAAGAAAGACAAGAGAGACAGAAUAGAUUGAAGAAGACUGGUGGUACUUCCACUGGUGGUGCUGGUAAGAAGAAGGCUAAGCCUGCUGCUAGACCAAAUGUUGGUGGUGGUUUCAAGAAAGAUGGCAUGGAUGAGUUAGAUGACUUUGAUGAUUUUGGUGAUGAUGACUUCAUGUAAGUUCCUUGAUCAGUUCGGAGAUAGAUUUGUUUUGCAUCAUGGUCAGUAGCUCCUUCGUUUAAUUAGUCUUACCUAGAUGGGACCUUGUAUAGUAUUUAAGGAGCAGCACUACAAUAAAUUUUUAUCAGUAGCAACCUGUUUGAUACGCCUUGCAAUCAAGUGGUAGCGUCGAUUUCGUAACAAAUCGAUAGGAUCUUUUAGUGUUCCCUCUGUUGCUGCACUUGAUUGAUUUCCAAUUUUCUCGAUAAACUUAUUUACCUUCAGGAUUUUGGUAGACAUAUUCUGGUUAAUUGUUCUCACACUUUCAAGUUCGACUUCCUGGUUAGCAUUGGGAAAUACUUCCCUAUCUUUCAACUCGUUCUCUUCAAUGCCUUGCAUACAGUUUUGUAUGAGGAGAACAUCUUCUGCUGUAGCUGAAGUCUUUUUUGUUUGUAAACCUCGAAAUCGC